AAAGAAAAUAAUAAUUUAAAAUUUCCCCCAAAUAAUUAAUAUUUUCAAAUUUCCGAUUUCAAUCUGGAGACUGGAGAGCCAUUCCCAAAAUCAAAAUCAAAAUCAAAAUCCGGUACGUGAAUCCUUUAAUUCCUACUCCAAGUCCAAGGAGAAGAUUGUUAAUUUUUAAUGGCGAAAUGGAGAUGAUUUGAUUCAAAGCCCUAAGGCCUUUCGAUUUCUUCGAAUUCGAGCUGUUUAUCGUUCGAAUUGAGGUAUCGAUGCGUUUUUUUCCAUUCAAUUUGUUGAUGCAGACUACUGUUUACACGCGAAGAAUCUCAAUUUUGAUUGCGUAAACCUUCGAUUUCCACGUUCAAAGAUCCGACGAAGCUCUUACUCGAUGAUUCCUUUUAAUUCCUCUGUGAUUCACUCUUCUUCUCCUCCUCCCUUCUCCGAUGACGGUGAUUUUACUUCCUGGUACGGUAAUAUUCAAUAUUUGUUGAAUAUCUCGAUUAUUGGCGCCUUCUCUUGCCUCUUCAUAUUUCUAUUUGUGAAGCUUCGAAGCGACCAUCGUCGAAUUCCUGGUCCUUCUGGAUUGGUUACCAAGCUUCUUGCGGUGUGGCAUGCGACUUGCCGGGAUAUUGCGCGCCAUUGUGGUGCAGAUGCCGCGCAGUUCCUUUUGAUCGAAGGUGGGAGCUGUGCGGUUUUACUAUCGAUUGCGGGUUUGUCGGUUGCAGUGUUGCUUCCGCUUAAUCUCUAUGCGGGAAAGGCUGUCUUGAAUGAUCAAUUCUCGAAGACGACGAUUAAUCACAUCGAGAAAGGUUCGGUUUUACUUUGGGUGCAUUUUGCUUUUGUGGUGGUGGUUGUUGUUUUUGUGCAUUUUGGUAUUUCUGCCAUCGAAAAGAGGUUAAAGAUAACGAGAUUUAGAGAUGGGAAUGGGAAUUUAAGUGAUCCCGCUGCUGAUUCGACUGCCAUUUUCACUAUAAUGGUGGAAGGAAUUCCUAAAACCUUAGAGGUUGAUAGGGCUGCGAUAUUGGAGUAUUUUCAGCAUAAGUAUCCUGGGAAGAUUUAUAGAAUCAUAAUGCCUAUGAAUUUAUGUGCUUUGGAUGAUUUGGCUACAGAAUUGGUCAAGGUUAGGGAAGAAAUAUCACGGUUAGUAGAACGGAUGCAUUCUCGUCUUGUACCUAAUGAAGAUGAAGAUGAAUCUAGAAGCAAUUGUUUGAAGGUUUUCUUUGGUUGGAUGCGGUAUAUUUGGAGGAGAGUAAAAGAUCUGUGGUGUCAGAUAAUGGAUAAAUUUGGUUACACAAAUGAGGAGAAGCUAAAACGGCUGCAAGAAUUGAGAGCCAACUUGGAGACUGAACUGGCUGCUUACAAGGAAGGGCGUGCACCUGGAGCUGGGGUUGCUUUUGUUAUGUUCAAGGAUAUCUAUGCUACCAAUAAAGCGGUUAUGGAUUUCCGAAAUGAAAAGAAGAGACGAAUUGGGAAGUUCUUUUCUGUCAUGGAGUUACGGCUUCAAAGAAACCAAUGGAAAGUUGAUCGUGCACCCUUGGCGACUGAUAUUUACUGGAAUCAUUUGGGAUCAACAAAACUGUCAUUAAGACUUCGGAGAAUAUUUGUGAACUCGUGCUUACUCUUAAUGCUUUUGUUCUUUAGCUCUCCUCUGGCUGUGAUCACGGCUGUAAAGAGUGCUGGGAGAAUUAUCAAUGCUGAAGUGAUGGAUAAUGCCCAGUCAUGGUUGGAUUGGGUGCAAAGUUCUAGCUGGCUAGGCAGUCUUAUUUUUCAGUUCCUGCCCAAUGUUAUUAUCUUUGUGAGUAUGUACAUAAUAAUUCCAUCAGCUCUUUCUUAUCUUUCGAAGUUUGAACGACAUCUUACUGUAUCUGGGGAGCAGAGAGCUGCACUUUUGAAGAUGGUUUGCUUUUUCCUGGUGAACCUCAUCCUUCUGAGGGCUCUGGUUGAGUCAUCUUUAGAGAGUGCAAUCCUUGGGAUGGGACAGUGCUAUUUGGAUAGAGAAGAUUGCAAGAGAAUUGAGCACUACAUGAGUACAUCUUUCCUUUCAAGAUCAUGCCUUUCAUCUGUUGCUUUUUUAAUCACGAGCACUUUCUUGGGCAUAUCUUUUGACUUAUUGGCUCCAAUACCAUGGAUAAAGAAGAAGAUUCGAAGGUUUCAAAAAAACGAUAUGCUCCAGCUGGUUCCUGAACAAAGUGAGGAGUACCCAUUAGAGUAUCAGGAAAUAGAUAGUCUUGAGAGAUCAUUACUUCCAGAUGACUCCCCUAGACUUAUUGAUAUGGAUUUUCGGGGACAAGAUCUUUCUGUAUAUCCCGUCAAUAGAACCUCAACUGCACCAAAACAGAAGUUUGAUUUUGCGCAAUACUAUGCGUUCAAUUUAACAAUUUUUGCCCUCACCAUGAUAUAUUCUUCGUUUGCUCCACUGGUGGUUCCGAUCGGUGCAGCAUACUUCGGAUAUAGAUAUGUCGUCGAUAAGUACAAUUUUCUAUUUGUUUAUAGAGUAAGCGGCUUUCCCGCUGGCAAUGAUGGGAAGUUGAUGGAUACAGUUCUCGGGAUCAUGCGAUUCUGUGUUGAUCUAUUCCUGCUCUCCAUGCUCUUGUUUUUCUCGGUAAACGGAGACUCGACGAAGCUGCAAGCGAUAUUCACACUUGGGUUAUUAGUUAUGUACAAACUGAUGCCUUCUUAUGAUGAUGGGUAUCAAAGAAUUCUGUUGGAGGGCAUUCAAACAGUUGAUUCAGUUGUAGAUGGAGCCAUUGAUUAUGAGGUCUAUUCGCAACCUAAAUUCGACUGGGACACAUAUCAGCAGCCAUGAUUUCCGCUUCGGCAUGCACUCAAACGUACGUUAGUUGAAUUGUAUCUUGCACUGUAAGUACAAUAGCUGAGGAACUUCAUUCGUUCUCUGACAAUUUACAUGUACUGUAAAGUAUACACUUUCUGAUGCAAUUGAUUUUUGUUCUCUCCCUCAUUUCCACGUGAUUUUCGAGCAAUCGGGACUGUGACUUAUCUCUUGCUGGCUAGACAUGCAUUCAUUUUCAACCCAUGAUAUUGCAAACUUUUUGGAUCAGGAUCAAGAUCCAUCGCCAAACCCACUGAUAGCUGCACCCGAGAACUGACCUCUUUUUUUGGUCAUUUUUUAGAUUACCAUUUGCUGUUUUUUAGUUGAGAUUCUGUCAUUUCAUAUGCUAAAACAUUAGCAUCUCUGAAAAAGAAUGAUCAAUGUUGAGAUUCAUAUGUUUUAAAUACACUUAGUUGUAUAUUGUUAACUGAAUUAGUUUGCA